AUGCCAUACAACGUAAUUAGCCCGACUGCUCGUCAAAUCUGUACCAGUCUGGUGGAGGCAGCCCCAAAUUCCAAUGACUACACACUCGCACAAUUCGUCGAACAGACGAGGAAUUUGGCAGCUCGUGCUGAUCCAUGUUGUUGUUGCCAUGCCGACAAUAGCGAUCGCCUGGCAGCCUGUUGGACAUUUGGUCUUGUCGUCAGGGCGACGAUAGUC